CGAAGACACACAUGCUGCAAUCGCCCCUCUCCAGGGGGAGGAGAUUAAUUAUUUCCUAAUCACAUGAGAGUUAAAAUCCUCCAUUGUACAUGAUGUUUUUGCAAUAGUCUGUGUUCUCCAGCAUUACGCCGUGGUCUAGCUUGUUCUGCUCACCCUCUCAUUUUAACGCUUCCAACCACCUGCUUGCUGAAGAGAAAUGGAUUGGGCUGAUCCCAUUCCGAUAUUUCUGGUGUUUGCCCUGACUCUCAUGUUUAUUAUAAAAAUUACAAGGUUCUGGAGUACCCGCAUCAGAAAGGAUUUUCCCCCAGGACCAAGGCCUUUACCCAUCAUUGGAAACCUGCACAUCAUCGAUCUGAAGAGACCCUACCGGACUCUCAUUGAGCUGUCAAAAUCGUAUGGGCCAGUCUUCAGCAUUCAGAUGGGAUUCACAAAGAUGGUGGUGCUCUCAGGCUACGAGACAGUGAAGGAAGCUCUGGUGAAUCAGGCAGAUGCAUUCGCAGCGAGGCCUAAAAUUCCAGUAUUUGAAGACUUAUUGAAAGGAAAUGGAAUUAUUUUUGCAUGUGGUGAAAACUGGAAAGUGAUGCGAAGAUUUACUCUCUCAACCUUGCGAGACUUUGGAAUGGGCAAGGCAGCCAUUGAGGACCGGAUAGUUGAAGAGUGUGGAUAUCUGAUAGAGAAUAUUGAAUCUCAGAAAGGCAAACCCUUUGAUCCCACAAUAAUAAUGAAUGCAGCAGUCGCUAAUAUAAUUGUAUCCAUAUUACUUGGAAAGCGGUUUGCCUAUGAAGAUCCCCAGUUCAUUAGACUCCUAAAUUUGAUUAAUGAAAAUGUAAGGGUUGGUGGAUAUCCCUCAGUUGCAGUCUAUAAUAUGUUCCCAGCCCUUGGAUUUCUCCUGAAGGGUCACAAAACUCUUCUUCGAAAUAGAGACGAAAUGCGUGCUUUUGUACAAAUUACUUUCAUAGAACACCUCAAAAACCUAGACAAAAACGACCAAAGAAGUUUGAUUGAUGCUUUCCUCAUAAAACAGCAGGAGGAGAAAAAUGACAAUGAUGGUUAUUUCCACAAUGAGAAUUUGAAAAGCCUUGUAAGCAAUUUGUUUGCUGCUGGCAUGGAGACCACUUCCACUACACUACGCUGGGGCUUUCUCCUAAUGAUGAAGUACCCCAAAAUUCAGAAAAAAGUCCAAGAUGAGAUAGCAAGAGUUCUAGGAUCAAAUCCACCGCGAACUGAACAUCGAACUAAGAUGUCCUACACGGAUGCUGUUGUCCAUGAAAUCCAGAGGUUUGCCAAUAUCCUGCCAUUGAAUCUACCUCAUGAAACUACUGUAGACGUCACUCUCAAAGGCUACUUCAUUCCAAAGGUAAGAUGCUUGUAG